CUGUGUCUGGACCUCGGGUCACGACCCCGGAAGCACACCCUCCCCUUUGCCCCUAGCAGACAUGGCGGCGGUGGCUGCGGCUCGAGGGGUGCUUCUGCCCGCGGCGCGGCGGCGCCUCUGGGGGUUCGCCGAGAAACUCUUGGUGCGGGAUGCCGCGGGGCGGCCCCCGCAUUUUGGAGGGAGCAGGUGGAGAAGUACACAGGCUGCACCGCAAGUUGUUCUCAACGUCCCCGAGACCCGAGUGACGCGUCUGGAAAACGGACUCCGAGUGGCCUCGGAAGACUCGGGGCUGUCCACGUGCACCGUUGGGCUGUGGAUUGACGCUGGAAGUCGAUACGAAAAUGAGAAGAAUAACGGGACAGCCCACUUUCUGGAGCACAUGGCUUUCAAGGGCACCAAAAAGAGAUCCCAGUUAGAUCUGGAACUCGAGAUAGAAAACAUGGGUGCACACCUCAAUGCCUAUACCUCCAGGGAGCAGACUGUGUAUUAUGCCAAAGCGUUCUCCAAAGAUUUGCCAAGAGCUGUAGAAAUCCUUGCUGAUAUAAUACAGAACAGCACAUUGGGAGAAGCCGAGAUUGAACGUGAGCGUGGCGUAAUCCUCAGAGAGAUGCAGGAAGUGGAAACUAAUUUACAGGAAGUUGUUUUUGAUUAUCUUCAUGCCACAGCUUAUCAAAAUACUGCACUCGGUCGGACAAUUCUGGGACCAACUGAGAAUAUCAAGUCUAUAAAUCGUAAGGACUUGGUGGAUUAUAUCACCACCCAUUAUAAGGGCCCGAGAAUAGUGCUUGCUGCGGCUGGAGGUGUUUCCCAUGAUGAACUGCUUGAGUUAGCGAAGUUUCAUUUUGGUGACUCUUUGUGCACACACACAGGAGAUGUACCAGCUCUGCCUCCUUGCAAAUUCACAGGAAGUGAGAUUCGUGUGAGGGAUGACAAGAUGCCUUUGGCACACCUUGCCAUAGCUGUGGAAGCUGUUGGUUGGGCACAUCCGGAUACAAUCUGCCUCAUGGUUGCAAACACGCUGAUUGGCAACUGGGAUCGUUCUUUCGGAGGAGGGAUGAAUUUAUCUAGCAAGCUGGCUCAGCUCACCUGUCAUGGCAACCUGUGCCAUAGCUUCCAGUCCUUCAACACUUCUUACACGGAUACCGGACUGUGGGGACUCUAUACGGUUUGUGAACCAGGCACAGUUGCAGACAUGCUACAUGUUGUUCAAAAAGAAUGGAUGCGACUCUGUACAAGUGUCACUGAAAGUGAAGUUGCACGAGCCAAAAAUCUUCUGAAAACAAACAUGUUGCUGCAGCUUGAUGGUUCAACUCCAAUUUGUGAAGAUAUUGGUAGGCAAAUGCUAUGCUAUAAUAGAAGAAUUCCUAUUCCUGAGCUUGAAGCAAGAAUUGAUGCUGUGAAUGCGGAGACAGUUCGAGAAGUAUGCACCAGAUACAUUUAUGAUAAGAGUCCAGCUAUUGCUGCUGUUGGUCCCAUUGAGCAACUACCAGAUUUUAACCAGAUUUGCCAUAACAUGCGCUGGCUUCAUGAUUAACAUGCUCCUAAAUCAAGACCUCUGGAACGAUAUCUAGAGAGACCUACAGAUUUUUAUCAAUACCUAAAGACAAAAAUAAUUCUCACAACAUGUUACCGCCCUGAAGGCUGUUCUGUCAGAUGGUUGAUCUGAAAAAUUGUGUUGAAGUAAGUAUGGCUUUAAGAAAGAGAAUUGGUACAGUGUUUUCAGUUUUAUUAUAAAAAUGCACACACAAAGAUUGUCAUUAAGUCAUUUCUUGGCUCGACUUGCAUUCAGCACUUGCUCCUGAGCAGCUUUCUUCGCUUUUACCAUCUCGACAAGUUCCUAGGAAGGGAGAAAGGGCGACAAAUUAGGAAAGCGGGGUUUUAAGAACAGAGUGGAAUACGUAAGAACUCAGAUACUAGUGAAAAGACUGAUUUCACUAAUUUGCCAGGGCGAGAAAGUUUCUCAGGUAGGCAUUUCUCUGUAAUAACUUUGGCCCCAUACUACUGUGAUAUUGAAGAGGCGACCGUAACCUCUUUCCAAUUAACAGACAUAAUCAAAAUGCUAUCUAGAACAGUGUUACAACAUCAUAACGGAAUCUAUAAACUCAGUCAUCAACCUUA